GGGACCGAUUGCCCAAUACUCCGGUAGGGGCCGGGGCCCGGACCGGGCCCCCGAAUAAAUAGCCGUCCUGCAGGCCCGGAGCUGCAAGGGAGAGCGGCGGCCGAGAUCCCCACGGCACCUCCCGCCGGGCCCGUCCGGGACACCGAUCCCGGUGCUGCGCCCUGGAGUCCCCCACCGAGGCCGGUACACAGAUAUUUUCAUCUAUUCUAAGACUCGGGUUGGUUUACAAAUUCUGCUGUUUUCCCUUCUGAACCUGAGAGCAGAACUUGGAAAUAGGACCUACAGCGAGUACCCUUCUUGAUUUCGUCUGACAAUGGAAAUUAAAAAGUCACCUGACGGUGGAUGGGGCUGGGUGAUUGUGUUUGUCUCCUUCUUCACCCAGUUUCUGUGUUACGGAUCCCCGAUAGCCGUGGGAGUCUUGUACAUAGAAUGGCUGGACGCCUUUGGUGAAGGAAAAGGGAAAACAGCGUGGAUUGGAUCCCUCGCAAGUGGAGUAGGCUUGCUUGCAAGUCCUAUCUGCAGUCUCUGUGUCUCAUCUUUUGGAGCAAGGCCUGUGACCAUCUUCAGCGGUUUCAUGGUGGCUGGCGGCCUAAUGUUGAGCGGUUUUGCCCCUAACAUCUACUUCCUGUUCUUUUCCUAUGGCAUUGUUGUAGGUCUCGGAUGUGGUUUAUUAUACACUGCAACAGUGACCAUUACAUGCCAAUAUUUUGACAGCCGCCGAGGCCUUGCACUUGGACUGAUUUCAACAGGUUCAAGUGUUGGACUUUUUAUAUAUGCUGCUCUGCAGAGACUACUGAUUGAGUUCUAUGGACUGGAUGGGUGCUUGCUGAUUGUGGGUGCUUUAGCUUUAAAUAUAUUAGCCUGUGGCAGUCUGAUGAGACCCCUCCAGUCCUCUGAAGGCCCUUUGCCUGAAAAAACAGCUCUGGAAAAUGUACCUGAUAGAUACUCCAUUUACAAUGACAAAGAAAAGAACCUAGAAGAAAACGUACACAUUCUUGAAAAGAGCUAUGGUAGUGAGGAAACACACAAGAGCACGUUAGCCAAUGGUGACUGGAAACGGGAAAAUCUACUUCAUAAAAACCCAACAACAAUGGCACACACAAAAGAGACUGAAACGUACAAAAAGAAAGUGGCAGAACAGACAUAUUUUUGCAAACAGCUCGCUAAGAGGAAGUGGCAAUUGUAUAAAAACUACUGUGGAGAAACUAUGGCUCUUUUCAAAAACAAAGUAUUUUCAGCACUCUUCAUCGCUAUCUUUCUUUUUGACAUCGGAGGGUUUCCACCUUCGUUACUUAUGGAAGAUGUAGCAAGAAGUUCAAAUGUGAAAGACGAAGAGUUUGUUAUGCCUCUUAUUUCCAUUAUUGGCAUUAUGACAGCAGUUGGUAAACUCAUUUUAGGGAUACUGGCUGACUUCAAGUGGAUUAAUACUUUAUAUCUUUACAUAGCUACCUUAAUACUCACGGGCCUGGCCUUGUGUGCAAUUCCAUUUGCCAAAAGUUAUGUCACGUUGGCAAUACUUUCUGCGAUCCUAGGGUUUCUUACCGGUAAUUGGUCCAUCUUCCCGUAUGUGACCACGAAGACUGUGGGAAUUGAAAAGUUAGCCCAUGCCUAUGGGAUAUUAAUGUUCUUUGCUGGACUUGGAAAUAGCCUUGGACCACCAAUUAUUGGUUGGUUUUAUGACUGGACCCAGACCUAUGACAUUGCAUUUUAUUUUAGUGGCUUCUGUGUCCUGCUGGGAGGUUUUAUUCUGCUGCUGGCAGCCUUACCCUCCUGGGAAACAUGCAACAAGCAACUCCCCAAGCCAGCUCCAACAACCUUUCUGUACAAAGUUGCCUCAAAUGUUUAGAGGAAUAUUGGAAGGCAGCACAGGACUGUUGUUUCAUAGCAAAAUUUCACUGUGGCUGACUCUGAAUGAAUUUAAAAACAAAAACAAAAACAUAUCCUAUUCUCUAUCUCCUGUAUUUUUGUUUCCUCUUCCCAAGAAAUGAGACAAUUCUGGAUGUUAUUAUUCAUGAGUUCUUGACAUUGUGAAAAUUUUGGCCAGACUCAAAAGACUUUCUCUGUGUAAAGAAAUAAUUUAUCUGCAGACCAUUAGUUCCAUUGCAAGGGGACUCUUGUGUUUUAAAACUGCAAGCAGCAUGACAAGAUAUAUGUGAAGACCACUAGGGACUAAACCACUCUCUUCUCUAUGUUUAACCAGUAAAUAGAAGACUUUGAGCCAGUCAGGAAAUGAAAGUAGUUACUAAAACAGCAUUAAGAAUUGCAGUGGAGCAAAUUGACUGUUAAAAAAAAAGACAGUUUAUAUUAUAGUCACCAGUUUUCAUUAUCCUAUUUUAUUUACCUGAUGAAGCACCCGCAUGUUUGGUGCCCACUGAGCAUAAAUUGCUUCAGUUCCUAAGGUAUUUGCUGAGAUACGGGCAAUCUCCAAGCAGAGGAGUAGUCACCGGUAGCCUUUCUUCAUGGUUGGCUUCUACAGUCUGGCUCGCUUUUUGUUUGUCAGCAUCCAUUCAGCUGGUGUUUCCCAGGAAGUGCUGAUUUUACCUGUUUCCAAAUUGGAAAAGCAUAUUUAAACCAUUCCAUUCUGGCAAAUGGGAAACAUCCAUUUGCUUCGGGCACAGUGGGGAUGAAUUGCAAGUCCUUACAUAUCUUCUCAAUUUAUUUGCUACUAUCCAAUUUUGCCACUAUCACAUGUUAAUUCAAGGGCAGAACUAAAAAGUGUGUGUGUGUGUUUGUGUGCGCGCGCGUGUGAUGUGCUGAGUCUGUGAGGGACAUGGGAAAGGAAAAAGGCAAUAAGAAGUUGAUACCCUGAUUUAACUUCAUUCACUCUUAAGAAAAAUGUUCUAGGAAGAAAUCAAUGUUUCAUAGAUGGACAUUUUUCUUAAAAAAUUUUUUAAAACUCUGGUAUGCAUCAGAAUCCGCUGUAGAUCCUUUUCAAAAUACAGCUGCCUGAGUACCCCUCUCAGGGACUAAUCCUGUAGGCCUGGGCUGUGGGCCAAGGAUCUGUAUUUUUAACGAACUCUUCAAGUGAUUCUGAUAACACCGUCUGGGUUGACAAUGAAUGUUAUUAAGACUGGUAACACGGAAACAUUUUUUCUCUUAAAAAAAAAAACAAAACAAAACAAUAAACCACUGAGCUGGUGAGUUUUUAUAAAAAGGCAAGUGUGGUUCUUUAAAUAGGAGGCACUCUCCCCAUUGUGCCAAAAUUGUCUUUUCAUUUCUUUUGAAAUAUGUAAGAUUAUUUCAUACUUCUAUGUUGCCUUUCUUCAAAGGCACCUGAAGCACUUUAUAAGCAUGAAUCACCACAACACCUCAUGGAGGUGGUUAAAUAGGGCUUUUCUAUGCAGUAAACCUGGAGUAGAGGGAAUUUCAUAACUGACUUAACCCUAUUCAAUAAUGAAAUAAUGGGGCUCCAAAGUGCCUUGGACUUCUCUGCUCCAUACUCAGACUUCUGGAAAGUUUACUGUACCUCAUUUUUUAGUGACUGUCAAGGUUAGUAAAUCAAAAGAGUGACAUUUUAAAAAAUUAAAUGUUUUUGUGUUGAAAGUUCCUUCUUGCUGAGAUGAUAUUCAGGAAAUUUGAUAACCUGAAAAAGUUUAAUUUUUAUGACAUACCCACAUUCAUCAAUGUUGAUAAUUGUCCAAAUGCAUCUUCACUAUGUCUACUAAUAUCAUCCAAUAUGUGCAUUAUCCAUUGUCUAGGGAAUGAAUUUUAAGAUACAAUAAAAUAUUUUUGUUUGUUUUGCAUCA